AUGAGGUCCAUUCUUUCGACAUGUGCGCUGGUCGCGUCUGCUUCCGCCCACACUAUCUUCCAGGAGCUCUACGUCAAUGGCGUGUCCCAGGGCCACACGACCGGCAUUCGCGUGCCUAACUACGACGGCCCUAUCACCGAUGUCACCUCCAACGAUGUGAUCUGUAACGGCGGUGUCAACCCCCUGAACACGCCGCUGCCGACGGCUAUCAUCGAUAUCCCCGCCGGCGCCUCGGUGACGGCCGAGUUCCACCACACGCUCGCGGGCGCCGACUCGUCGGACGGCGACGACCCGAUCAGCGCCUCGCACAAGGGCCCCAUCAUGGCGUACCUGGCCAAGGUCGACGACGCGACCGUCGAGGACGUGACGGGCCUGUCGUGGUUCAAGAUCUACGAGGACGGCCUGGACGGCGCGUCGGGCACGUGGGCCGUCGACAAGAUGAUCGAUAACGCCGGCAAGGUGUCGUUCACCAUGCCCAAGUGCAUCCCCGACGGCAACUACCUGCUGCGCGUCGAGCUCAUCGCCCUGCACGGCGCCAGCACCUACCCCGGCGCCCAGCUGUACAUGGAGUGCGCCCAGAUCAACGUCUCCGGCGGCACCGCCGACGCCGUGCCCUCGGGCGUCGAGUUCCCCGGCGCCUACAAGACGGACGACGCCGGCAUCGUCUUCAACCUCUACUACCCCACCCCGACGUCCUACGCCAUUCCCGGCCCCACGGCGCUCACGUGCUAG